AGUUAGGUCGUACUUUUUUCACGACAAACACACAAUCAGUCAGAAGUCGAAACUGCGAGUUGGGAAAUUGCUGCCCGAAGAAGAAAAAAGAAGCGUAGUAGGAAAAUUCCAGAUAUUCGUGCGUGCGUGAAAUAGUACGGAUCGUGUGAUAGCCCGUAAAAAAAAGCUCCAGAGCCUCGCCAGCGCGGAAAAGUGGUCGAAAGUGUCGACGACGCAAAAAUUUUAAACGCAAAAGUAGUGCAAAAUUCAAAACGUAGGAAGACAUCCUCCUAAAAGAAGAAAAAGAAAAUCCUCGACCAAAAAUCCGUGUGCCCGUUUCCUUCCCCCCGCCCGGACCGUUGCUGGCGAAGGCAACAGAGUAGUAACACCGCGAGAACCUGCUACCAGAACCAGAGGCGCCCCACGAAGCUACGAAAGCAACCGCGUAAAAACGGGAAUAAACUGGAGCUUUCGGAACGUGCGUGAGGACCGGACCUGCUUCCUCCCCACCCCUCUCUAGGAUUGUCCCAGCGCAGCUAGCAGCAUCGACCAUAAAUGAUGGCCCUCAACAUUGCGGUCCCGCUGACGACCGUCGCCGACCUGAUGGACGGCUUCGGGCUGCUGUCGCCGAUCUCGCCGCUGAGCGUCGACUGCCGAGGCGUGAUGGCGGCGGCCGCGGCAGCAGCCGGAACCCACAACAAGAGCAAGCAGCAGCUGGUGUCGCCGGUGGGCAGCGAGUCGAGUGGCGUCAGCUCGCUGGACUCUGACGAGAUGAAGAAGUCAACCUCGCCACCGACGACUCCGACGGAGGAAGUGGAAUGUCCCGCGGCCAGUUCUCCGCUGCCAUCGGAGGCGACGAUCGUGCAGGACUCGUCACGCAGCAGCUCGGAAUCGUCGGCGAGAUCUUCGCUGUCGUCGACGUCCGAGAGCGAAAGCAGCAGCGGCGCUUCGUCGGAGCAGGAGAGCAGUGAAGAGGUGGUGGAAGUGGACGAACCGGAGUUGCCCGAGCCGCCCAAGGAGUGCAAGCUGGUGCUGGGCGGGCGCGACGUGCUCAACCUGAUGGACAACCUGACGGCGCCGAACCACUUCCGGCUGCAGUUUGCCCAGCUGCCGGAGAACGACAACAUCCACUUCUUCCUGGACAAUCGCUCGCAGUACCACCGGCUGGGCGCGAACGGCCACAUCCAGGAGUACACGAUGGUGGGCUGCAAGCGGUGCGACUUCCGCUACCCGGUCAACGGGACGUCCCUCACGAGCAGCGGCCCGACGGCGACCAUGGGCCAGGGCAGCUUGGCGGCCGCCUUCCCGCAACAGCAGCCACAGCCGCAGCAGCCGCAACAACAACUCCAGUGGAACAACUUGAAUAGUAUUGCCAACAGUAGAGAUAAGAUGAACGCCGCCGCGGCCAAUGCAUUUAACAGCAAGACGUUCGGAGCAGCAGGCAAUCAGUAUUUCCGCAACGGCGGAGGCAACAACGCGACGGCCCCUCUCUUUGGAAGAGAUUCCAACCGCGGAGGCGCCAACUUCCUCGGCAGCAGCAGCACCGGCACGUACAACAACCACAAAACAUAUCAGCAGCAGCAGCAACUCCAAAACAACUUCAGCGGCGGCAAGUUCAACAACUACCAGCAGCAGCAGCAGCAGUUCUUCUCCAAGAACCACCAGUCCCAGCUGCGCUACGGCCAAUCGAGCGGAGGCUUCAACGCGAUGGCCGCUGCCCUCGCCGCCAACCAGAGCCUGGCCAACUUCAGCGGCAAGGGUUCCGCCAACAACAGCAACAUGUUUGCCUACUACAAGACCAUGAUGUAAGGCGCCGUGCACGUGAGUAUUCCCCCUCUUUGAGUUGCUUUGACGGCGCGCGCGGCUAUUGUGUGGGAACCCGCGGCGAUAAUUUCCAACGAAACAAAAAUACGCGUUUUUAUUACUUUUUUUUAUUACGGAAGCGACAUUAGGCAAUUAGCGAAACGCGAAGGGAGUCGAGUGUGGUUGCUGAACCAACAACAAACAUUACAUAUUUUUUUGUUUACCUUUACGAGAUAUUUAAACACUGCAAGCCUACAAAAUCGUUGUAACUAUUAUACAUAAAACCCUCCCGUGAAGGCGCGCUCGCGCGCGCGCGCAGGCAGAUAUAUUUUUUAGAAUAAUUGACCUUUGCUUAAGAAAAUUUAAUGUUGAAUUUUAGUUAUUUAUUAUUAUCGACUGUUUAUUUCUAAUCAGAAUCCAAAAAAAGAAGGAAAGAAAAACAUUGUUAAAAGCUCUUAACAUUUUUAUACUAUCAGUGCUAGCCGUAUUUAAUUACUCUAUUUUUUUUCUCUGUAUGUGUCGAAUUACCCCACGAAACAAAGCAAAAAAAAACGAAAGAAAACAAUACAAAAGAGGGCAACCAAUUAGUGAGUUAGACAAGCAAAGCAAAAAAUCGACCAGUUUUCGUCCUAUUUUGUGUGAGAGGAGAAAUAUCAUGAUAGAAUGUUUUUUACCUAAACAAAACGAGAGAAAAAGAAGAAGAUUUAAAAUUAGCACGAGCAAGGAUCUCAUAAUAGUCAAUCACGCAAAA